AUGAAAUUGCUGGCAGCCGUUCGCAUCGUCCUGGGAUUGGAGAUCCUCGCCCUGGCACUUUCCACGCAUGCCCAUGCCGAACUGCUGGCGGACGGUACGGCGCAGGAUCAGACCGUCCCGCUCGCCGCCCUGCCGACCGCGUCCGGUGUCACGAAAUUCAAGGAUAAAUCCCAGAAGCUGCCUCCGCCGGAGGAUGCUAAAACGGACGACAACGCCGGAAAAAGCGUAGUUGUGAACUGGAAGCUGGCCUGCGAACAGCUCUGCAGUGCAGGGCUUGGCGGGCCCAGCUGCGGGGCAUCCUGGCUACGGUCCACAACUACCGAAAGUAGCACACUUGUGGUGGACAAUGCAACACUAGAGGGAGUGUGUCCUUCAUUGUGCGCCAAUGGUUUGGGUGUAUCGAAGUGCAGCUGCAAAAGCUUCAAACCGAAGGUCCAGUUCAAUCAGAAUCUCGUCUGCCAGGCGUUCUGCAGCGCGAUGAAGAUCCAGCUGAACGGAUGCAGUCGUUGCGACGGAACGAAGGGUGACGAAAGUUUCAUGCAGGCGGUGGAGACCACCACGCCCAACUGGGACGAGCUGUGUUCGGUGUUCUGCAAGAUGGGAGACGGUGGAACACUGUGCAACUGCGACUUGCCACCGUUCUUCUAAACCGAACGCCAUCCACGGCGCAAACCGCACAUCCACAAUAUAGAAACGCAACAGAUCUGAGAGCAAAGCAUUUGUUUCGUUUAUGAUUUGGACCAGGUUGUCUGGUGGACAUACAACCUUCCAGUGGAGCGUGCAAUAGAAAUUCACACCAACAAUAUCCUUUGCAGUACAAAUCGAAGUCCUUACCGCAUGGUCAAGGACAUGGCGAGAGGGAGGGAGAGAAAAGUAGUAAACUAGAAAGAAACAAUGGGAAAAAAGAUGAUGAACGGAAUGAGAGAAAAUUUUAUCGUAACAUAUCGCAGGUUCUGUGAGGCAGAGUGAACCACUCGCCACACGAUCCUUCUUUUUCGCUCUAAGUUCCUUUGUCAGCUCAACUGCUAGACGAGACGUUUGAAAGGGGAAUAGACCACUUCCAAAUGUGAUCGACACACCCACACGCAAUGACAAAGAUCACUCAAAGGGCUUCCAAACGAGAGUAACAACCAACAAUCCGAAUGAUGUAAAGUUAGCGAAGGUUGAGCAACAUAAAAGUUAUCUAGUGCAAUCCGUUUCUAGUACAUCUUAGUCUAGUUAGAGGCUUUCAAUUAGCAGUUUUACUUCUGUUUUUUUUUUUACAUAAAAUCUGCAAGAUGCGACCCUAACUUCGAGCGAAUCCAUCGAUAAACUCACACGAUAUAGUAGGAGUUCGAUGUUUUUUCACGCUCGUCGUUAGUUGGUGUUUUCAUUUAUAUUUCCUUAAAAAUUACAUACAAACGCCCUCGGUUGAGCACCGAAGCUCGGAGCGACCUGGCGUUGACUACCCUUCCAACGUGUCAAUUUGUUUAGGAUUAAUUCCCCUGUUACGAACCCUGUUUUCUGCGAGCGGCGAUUUUACGCGACGUAACAGCGGUGCGCUAGGUUUUACUUGCCAUUAAGAGGAAAACGAUCAAAAUUAGUUAGUUGAGAACUGGGUUUUCCUCAAAAUGUCCUAUAUCCAGCACCCGUUCCCGCUUCCCGAAUCCUUCCACUCCAACCGCUUCCAAAGACUUAUUCGUAAAAGAAAACACUCACACAUUUGGCAUCAUACAGGAGGAGAUCAGUCAUCAUUCAUCCAAUCAUUGGCGAAAUGGGGUAGGAGUAGAAGAAAUUUUCGAUUUCGUUCGAAAUUCGAAGCAAGCAAAUGCAGAUUUGCUCAUUGCUGUGAAAGACAAUAAACAACCAAAUAAAACUAUUUGGAAUGAAAGAGAAACGGAGGGAGAUAAAAAAUAAAUUAACAAACGUAACCUAACCAGUAUAACUAAAUUGAAUCGGAAAACAAAUCCUUCGCUUUCACCCACAUAAUACAAAUAUGCGUGUAUUCCAAUUUCCCUGCUGCGUGUACACAACGUGUAUUUAUGAAUGUUAUCAAAUAUUGUACGACGUUUUGCGAUGUAGUCCAUGCUGAAUGAGGCAAGGGUGGAACGUUUCAUUUAAACACCGACACGAAGAUCCGAGCGUUGCUCUCGGUCGUUCUCAUCAGACAGUUUUAAAUUUUAUGCCGGGUGCCGAUGUCGCUCAACUGAACUGCGACGACGACGCAGAUAUUAAUGUUUGGAUAAUCGAUGUGUUUUAAGCGUGCGUUGCUUUCGGCCGUCUUAGCGGCCACGAGUUAAACGGUAUGGGUUUUGUGUUGCUUUAGGAUCGGCGAGCGGGCUGGAGGAGAGCGCAGUGGCUAUUACUGUACGCAAAUCUGUAGCAAGGAGUGACACGUUACAGCACUGAUUGUAGUGUAGACGGUGUUUCAAUAAAUGUGUAU